UAAAAAUUUGAAAUUAAAUUUGUGUUUUUGAUUAAUUAUAGUGGUUUUAACAUGGAUAAGAUCAUAUCAUGCAACUAUCCCGAACUGUCACCAGAAUUCACAGAACUUUUUAACGAUGCCGAAAAAACAUUAAUUAUAGUCGGUGUGAUUGGUAAAUCAAAUUUACCUAAUUGCAAUAAGAUGCUCUGCUUUGAUCUAUUCAGUUGUCAUUCAAUAUUUCUACAAGAAGACGGUCCAGAAAGAGCUGAGAAUAGAAUUAAAUUUUACUAUGAAACAGGCAGCAAUUACAUCUUUUUGCAUUUCGAGACUGCUUAUGACCAUCAUAUAGCAAAUGAUUUGAUAAAGAAGGCAGACUUUGAUUACUUUCUUCCAUUUAAUACACAAAUGAGAACGAGAUUUGCAAGGAUGAUCUUUUUUGCUACUCAAAUUUGUCACAUUGUCGUGUUUGUUGAAACUUCCAGUGAAUUUGAUGCUUCAUAUUUGUCGAUUUUUAAGGCAUUGAAAAUAAUCAGGGAGAAAUAUGUGCUUAAAUUCUUACCAAAACUGUUGAAAAAUACGAACAUUAGUGGUGCAAUAGCUAGAGAAUAUCGAUUAUGCUCCCCAAGAUUCAUAUUCUUUUUUGAGAAAAUAUCCAGACCAGUCGAUAACUUGAUAUCUUAUGAAAUUGAAAAGGAAGAGCAAAUAUAUCAAAUGCUUCGAUCGAAUUUUAUCAUCACCAAUAAUUCCAAUUUAUCGCUGUUUUCCGUUCCAAAAAAUAAGAAUAAAAAAUUCCUUUACAUCAAUACAAAUGAUAAGAUCCAUUCAGAUCCAGUUGUAGAUUCUGUGGAGUUUCUACUUCAAUAUAUUAAUGCUACACCUGAAACUGAGGAAGAACUUUACUCAAUUCGUCCAUAUCGAGGAUAUGCAACCAAUUAUUUCCAGGACACAAAGACAAAAGAUUAUGAGGAAAAGCAGAAGAGCUUUUUAAAAUUAUUAAAUGAGCAUAUUGAGGAAGCUAUGAGCACUGGAUUUGAUGAUAGCAUUGCAAAAUAUCGAGGCAAGACACACUUUGUGCGUCCAGGAAUGAAAAUGUGGUACGAGAUCUUCAAGUUUAUGCACAAAAUAUUUAUAGAAAAUGCAAAUAAUCCGAAUUUCGAAGCUAAUGAUCCAGACUAUAAAGCUUAUUUGGACAAUUUCUAUAAAAUAUUGGAUAUUGACCAACAAUUUUUCUACGAUUCAUGUACACAUGGCUACGACUUGGCACUCCUCAAUUAUUCAGAAUUGCUUCCACAUCAUUACAGUAAAUCAUACCAUGAAAGUAAAUUGGCAAGUGCAUUGGAAAUAUUUCAUAAAUAUGCACGAGGAACUGAAAGUGAAAGUUUAGAAGAUAAACUUAGAGAUACAUGUGAAGCAAUAUGGUUAAAUGGAAAGCAACAAUGUGAACUUUUAAGCCUUCGUGGAAAUCCAUGCAUUUUAUUAACAAAACAUGCAUCAAAUGAAGGAACUAAUCAUUCAAGUGGAGUUGUUUAUAUCAGCACCUGUAAUUGUGGAAAGACACAAGGCAGACGAGAAGAUCCAUACACGCUUAAGAAAGCAAAUUAUGAAUUUUAUCAAAUUAUGCAACAAAGUUGUAGUGUCUGUGAAAAGGCAUCAAUUAUUGAUUUUCCAAUUUUCAUACCAUCAUCAUCUGAAUAUAAAGCAGCACAAGUGAGCAAUAAGAAUAUCAUGAAUUUAAUUCUAUCAGAAUUCUCAAACAAGACACCAAAUGAGGAAGAGAAAAACAGUGAUCAGCAUCACUUGUCAGCUAGUCAAAAGACACAAGAAUCUGAAUCAGAUUUAAGUAUUGGCUCGAUUUCAGAUGAUGAGCUGGGAAUCAAGGAUAAAAAGAAGCACCAAGACGAUUCUGAUGACGAAAUGAAUGAAAUAAUUGUCAAAAUUGGUGAAAUCGAUGUAAAAGAGAAGCAAACAGAAGCAUCAACAACUGAAUAUCUUCCAGGUAUGAUUUUAGCCAAUUCACCUCAAGGAUUACUGCCACAAUUCCCAAGUUGGAGCUUAAUGUGUAUUGGUGCUUCAUCACUUUAUAGCCAUAAUACAGGAUUAACUGAAAGUCAACAGCCAGGCUUUUUAAGUGGAAGUCAAUUUCUAUUAGCAUGGGAUGUUAAAGUUAGACUUGAGCAUGCACAAACUUGGGCUGAAAAUUAUGAGAAAAAUAGAAGUAGAAAGAAACAGAAGCAAUUGACGACCCAAAACUCAUCAGGAACAUUUUUCACACUUAAAAUCUUUAUUGGAAUGGAAUAUGAAUGUUUUGCAAGGCACAGAUUUACAAUGGACUCAAAUCAUACUGUUUUACGUGGAGCUAGUGGUGGUGGAUCUAAAGCAUGUGGAAGUAAAGUUGUUUUAGCAAAUAUGCCACUGUAUUUCCUAUGUCCAUGCAGACAAAUUGGUCAGCUUAUAAGAAUUCAUGUUGUUACUCCAAAAGCACCAGUAAACAUCACUUUAGAUCCAAAAAUUAAGAUUCGUAGAGAAACUGAAAAUAUUUUCGUAACUGGCUGGAAAGAGCCUGUAAAAUUAACACAAUCAGCAUAUUGGGUACUAAGACUUCCUUAUGUUUAUCAAGCUGAAGGCGAUCCAAUUCCGAUUCCACAAAAUGUCCCUAGUUCAGUUGAGGCAUUAAGGUAUGGAUUUUUAAUGGAAGGAAUGUUUGGAAUUAAGGAAGAUGAAUCUGAUGUGUUACCUUGAAUUUGAAGGGUUUUGAGCUGCUUUUGUAUGGUUUUGAUUUGAAAUUAUGUGGUUUUAAUUUUUUUAAUAAAUUUAUGACUGUUAAUUUUUGAAAAUUUUCAUUACCGUUAUUUAGUUUCUUAAAUCUCCUUAAUUGCAUACAAAAUCUGUGCUCUUUCCAAAAAGUUUCUGCAUACAUUCUUGUUCUAAAGAUGACAUAUAUUUUGUAUACAAAAGCUGA